UGUAUGCACCCUCUAGAUACUUAAGUCUACUGUCCUUGUCCAGACUAUCGACAUCGUCUGCGCGUUCACCUCCGAAAUUGCUGCGUUUCAAGCAACACCGUGAACGCGCCUCGACAGCCAGCGGAGCCCGUGAAAUGACUGGAGUGAGAUGCUGAUUUCUAAGGGGAACUGAACUCGCCUGUGUUGGGACGAGGCGCGCGGGGCUUCAUCUGUAAUCUUUUCCGUGUGCUUUAAACAUACAGUACUGUACACCCAUCUAACGCACAGUGUGGCUACCCUGUCCAUUUCAAAGUGGCCCGAUGGAUGUGAAGAGCCUGAAGGAAUAUAUCUGCUGGCUUUAUUACCAGUACCUGCUGAUCACCGGAAUCUAUGUGUUGGAACCUUGGGAACAGUCGAUCUUCAAUACUGUUUUAUUCACGAUGAUCGCAAUGGUGGUUUACACUUCUUACGUCUUCAUUCCAAUCCACGUCCGUCUGGCCCUGGAGUUUUUCUCUGGCUUCUUUGGAGGCCAACACAAAAGUACUGUUGCCUUGAUGAACUGACUUUCGACAGCAGCGGACUUCUAGAGCAUGAGUUGUUGUGUUUUUUUAAAGAAAUAAUUUCUUCCGCGGAAGAUUGCCAGCAGAUCACAACUUUCAUUUCUAUCUUUUCGCUGUCAAGGAAGGACUGAACAUGUUUUAUUCGAGUUGUCUCGGCAGAAUUGGCACUUGGCAGCAGUAGAGGUUUCCCAGUAGUCCAACCAUUCUCGGCUGUUUCUUCCCAUCACUAUCCUGUGUUGAAACCAUAUUAAGGCAUUUGUUUCUGAAAGAUGCACUGAAGUUUGCACAUAGGCAGCUCUCAUGUUGACUCAACUAUCAAUUCGGAAAAAAGAAACUGAAUAAAUAUUAAUCACACCUGUUUGUUCUGACUGUAUCCAAUAUAAUUGGAAUCUAUCUAUAAAUUGACUGUAACUAUAUAAAGAGGAAUGACUAAAUCCAAUUUUCUGCUUUCUGUAAGAAUAAGAAUUUCAAAGUAACGGGAAGGUUUGAUAUUGUGCAUCGUGAAAUUCAGCACUUCUCAUGUAGAUACAGUAUGUGUAAACACAAACACUUGGAGUAUGUUUUGUCUUUAAUGUAGUACAGGGUUGCACAUGAGCCCAAACGCUGAUCAAAAUACAUUCUGUCUUUAUAUAACGCUUUAUAGUCACUACAACUUUACAUAAUCUUGCAAUGCCCAGAGCAAUAUUGACUGUGUAAGUCUCAACAUGUCUGAAACUGCAUUAAACACUGUGAAUAAGAAUUUACUGUAAAUUAUUGAUUGCUACCCUUGGUUGCUGAACUUGAUGGACUGAAGUAAUUCUGCAAUAUUUUAAAAGCAGCCAAACUGAGAGAUCUUCUUAUGCUUGUCUCUUUUAACUUCUCUGUAAAUAAACUGAAAAAUGGACGAACACAAAAGAUCAAAGUAUAAAGUUUCCAUAAGUGUAAAGUUAUUUCUAUUUCUGUUUUUUACUUUCCCUUAUGGUGAAGGGUGGUUGAACAAUAUGCAUCUGUAUAGAUAACUAUUAAUGUCUGAUCUGUAACUGUGUUAAUUAGCAGAGUAUGCUUAUCUUUAUUUAUUAUGAAUCACUAAGUACAGUAUGUUCACUUUGGUUAAUGUUAUAAACCUAUUGUAUCUUUAGGUUAGAGCAGUAUGUGUUGUUCACUUGAUAGCUGUCAUAGUGUUAAGCAAUGUGAAGGGUAGUAUAAUGCUAAUCUUUUAUAUCAUUUAAAACCAUGAAUGUAAAUGGUAAAAACUAGAGAAUUCAAUGAACAGGUUGCUAUCAAGUUAAGACACUUCUGUAAUAAUCUUGUGAGAAUGAUGUUUGUCUUGUUUAAAUUAUGCUUUUUUUUUCUUAGAAUCAUUACAGUUUCUAAGAAAAAUGUGUAGUUUUGCUACAAGUAUGAAUGUUUCUUGAACUUUAAAUAAAAUAGAAAUAAAUACUU